AUGACGACGGCGGUUGCGGGCUCACAGGCAGAGACCACUCUCCUCGCGCCCUCGCUGCCUCGUUCGCACCGUGCAAUCACACGCCCGUUCUACGGCUACGACUCGACAGUCGAGUCUGGUAGCGGCAACCUCUACGACGACUACGAAGAAGGCGAAGGAGACGAAGGCGAAUACGACGACGAUCUCGCUGGAGACGACGACUCUGAAUACGACUACGGUGAGUGA